AUGGAUCCUAGACAACUGCCAAAUGAUAUCAAUGAAAAAUUCUGCAGCAUCGAUGAAGAGCGACAAGUUGUAGCAAUAACGGCAGAUAGUUUCAGUAAAAGUGUAGUGCCGAAAGUUCCAUCGAGAAACUACGAAAAUCUGCAAUGGAUUAUUGAGAAAACGCAAUUUGCACCUCACCGAGUUAGAAAUGAUCGGCCAACUACAGCACCACCAUUUAUGCCAGCUGAACAAAUACCAAGUGAAUUCGGUAAAUUAACUAUCCCACACGUUACUCGUGCUUCAUUCAAAUCUCACGGAAAUUAUGGAAGUAUCCAUGUGAUGCUACAAGAUGAGAAACUACAAGAAAAAUCAGUUGAUAGUGAAAAUGAGAGUUUGGAUGAAGGAAUUAGUAAAAAAAACUAUAGCAAUAGUAAUGACAAUACUUAUCUACCAAAUUGCCAAAUUGCUACAUCUACCAAACUACUGUCACUUACCGCUAAAGAAUGGAUGACAAUUUGUAUACUGUCAAUUGCAAAUCUCGCUGGUACCAGUGCAUACAGCUGCAUUGCACCAUUUUAUUCAAAUGAGGCGAAAAUUAAAGGUUUGAAAAGUUUCGAGAUAGGUGUAGUAUUUGGUGUCUUCGAGCUAAUAAUGUUUUUUAUUGCACCUCUAUUCGGCAAAUACAUGGUUUCAAUCGGUUCAAAAAAGAUGUUUGUUUCUGGAAUCGGAGUUACUGGUAUCACUGUUGUGCUCUUCGGAUUCUUGAAUUACAUUGAAUCGCCAUCGUUAUUUUUCUGGUCCUCGAUCGGUCUUCGAAUAUUGGAAGCUAUUGGUGACGCAGCUUUUGUCACUUCAUCAUUUGUAAUCGGUGUUAAAUGCUUCCCGGGACGUAUUGCAAUUGUUGUUGGUGUGUUGGAAACAUUCGUCGGUCUUGGCAGUACCGCAGGACCUUUACUUGGUGGUAUACUGUAUGAAAUUGGUGGUUUCAAAUUGCCAUUCAUUGUACUUGGAAUUAUUUUACUCUUUCUUGGAUUAGUAGCAUACUUUUGGUCGAAAAUAUGGAUGGUAUAG